UUACAUCUAUAAACCCAUAUCAGCUACCAUCUAUAGAAGGCAUUGACAAAACAGAGGAUCGGCAACGUUUUUCUCCUAUUUUUCUCCACUGCUAUUAUAAAGUGGACCUCACUAUAGCAUUUGGGGAGUCCCAUCUUACAAGGUGUCAAACUAUUAACCCGAUAAACUGCAAAACUUUAAUAAAUAACACUAAACUCAUUCUAUCAAAGACCAUACAUAUAUGCCAACUGUGUGAGAUAAGAAAUGGUUGAAGGCUGACGUGUUUGUAGUUGAGCUCCCAGUUUUAGUGCUUGUAGAGUGGAUUUUUAACUGUAUUUUCUAUUGAAAUUUGGCAUAUCUGUUGAUUAUUACAUUUGUCACAGAUCUACCUUAUCAUUUUUCAUUCACAUCUGAUUCCUACGCAGUUAAAUAGCAUAUACUGAUAUUCGACAUGGAAUCUCAAUCUCCGGCUUUAACUCGUUCCGCUGCCAGUGCAAACUCCAACCAAGAUAAGAACCUGGCUAUCGCUCCGUCACCGGCUAAGCAAAAGCAGCAGCAACAACAGCAGCAACACAAGAAGCAGCAGAAGUGCCAGACCCGGCCGCAUUCUGCAGACGGCGUCCCGGUUGCUAUGACAACGGAGAACCAGAUAGCAGCCGCCCUUGAGAAACUGCUGUCAAACGAAGCUUUCGUUGACAAGAUUGCUGCCCGCCUGGAGGAGCGUUUGUGCGAGCGACUAUCUGCCGAGGUUAGCGCUAAGGUGCUUGCCGAACUUGACGGGCGACUCGAGGCUAUGGCUGACGAGACUAGGAAGCUCGCGAGUGAGGUGGACACCCUCAAAAGUAACAUCGCAAGGCUGGAGGAGGAUUUCGAUUCACGUCUAGACGAGCUAGCUCAGUACUCGAGAAUAAAUAAUAUUCGUGUCUCGGGUAUUCUGGAGGUUCAAGGUGAGAAUGUGACCGCCACCGUCGUUAUUCUCCUGAAUGAGAAGCUGAAUGUGGGAAUCUGCUCGGACGACAUCGACAGAUGCCACCGUGUCGGUCGCCCGACCCACCUCCACCCUCCUGCUGCUGAUGACUCGUCUUCUACUCGUGUGGUUCACAGACAAAUUCUCAUCAAAUUUGUCAGCUACCAAAAGCGAAACUUAGUCAUCACGGGCAGACGAGAUUUGAAGGGUACGGGAUUCUCCAUUCAUGAGGACCUUACCAUGAAAAGACGUACGUUUUUCAAAGAUUUGUGUAUCAAGAUUGGAUUUAAAAAUGUGUGGAGUCGAGAUGGUGUUGUGUUUUGGAAAAAGAAUGGGAAAACGGUCUCUCAGUUCUCCAAAGCUGGCAUUUGUAUGAAUGAAAGUGAGUGAGUGUUUGUGCCCUAGUCUACUACAUGAUUAAGAACUACAAAACACCAGGAGCU